AUGUCAAACAAUGCGACAAAUAUUUGUUUAACAAAUCAACAAAUGCGAUUACACGGAAAUGAAUUGGAAAAAUAUCUGCAACGAUUCCUGUAUCCGUGUAUCGUAAUACUUGGCAUUACCGGAAAUGUACUAAAUCUUACUGUUCUACUUAAUCGUUCUAUGCGGAGCAGAUCAAAUAUCUUUUUGUCGGCCUUAGCACUAGCUGAUAUUAUAUUUCUGUUACUUCUUCUACCCAAUAUUUUGGCCACUUAUCCAAUGUUUACGUCCAAUUAUAUUUAUCGUUACAUCUAUUUUCAUAUUAAAAUUCACUUAUUAUCUUUAACUAAUUGGGUUUCCAGUGCUGCCAUUUGGUUAGUAGUAGCUGUAUGCGCGGAUCGCUUAAUUGGUAUUAGAAGACCAUUGCAUGCUAAAACUGAUUGCAAUAAAUACCGCACACCGUUGCUAAUUGUCGUAAUCGUAACAGUCACUGGAAUUGUCAACUUUUAUCAGCAUUUCCAGUACAAAUGCUUUAUGCGUAAUUAUUGUCACCGAACUCAGAUCUAUUCGAGAUGCAUUCCGAUCAAUAAUGAUGGACGUUGGUUCUGGAAUCGAACAAAUCCUUACUCUGCAACAUAUCGUAAUUUCAUUGAUAUCAGUGUGACAGUAAAUGCUGUCACAACAAUCAUUCUACCCAUAUUUCUAUUAUCCUUCCUAAACAUUUUAUUACUUUGUAUACUGCGUAAUCGUCGUGACUUAUUACUCGUUUCUACCAAUCAACGACGUUUACCAAAGAAGAAGCGCAGUUUACAGUAUCUAAAGAUGGAACAUCGUGUCACAUUAAUGGUUACAUUGAUUGUUACAACAUUUAUUAUCUUAAAUGGUCCAUCAGCUGUAAUACAUUUGGUCAAUUUAGCUCGUAAAAAGAAACUAAAUUAUAAUUUUACACUUCUUGGAAAUACAUUGGUAAUAAUUGAUAAAGCUUGCAAUUUCAUUUUAUUCUGCUUAACGAGCAGGCAUUUUCGUGCGCGUUUAUUUCAAUUAACUCAACGAAAAGUUAGUCGAUUUUCUGCAAGUUUCCUACAAAUUGGUGAUAGUAUGCGACGAAUUGGAAGCAUCAAUGAUGAUAGUUUGCAAUUGAAACAAUCAAUGAAAUUGGUUCAAAGAAAUUACAAUAACAACAAUUAA